GGGUGUGAGUUAUGGGCCCCUGUUGUCACUGCUGCUCUGCUUGGACAUUUCACCUCGCUACUGUAAAUUUAAAAGGGGGAUAACAUAUUUAGCUGACUUGUGAGCUAUAGCUCGACCAGAAAAUUGUCCGGUCCCCCCUCACAGAAGGCUUGCCCGCAAUUGCAGGAUUUGGGAUUUUCCAAGGGUCUGAGCGGGGCUGUCGGGAAAGAAAACUGGAUAUGGAUCACAUACAGCUUUAGUAGGUUGCUGUUCACACAUUUAAGCUACGGUAUCUUUCUCUCCAGAAGGGGGUGAAAAUAUAUAUAUUUAAAAAAAAAAUCGUUUUGCAGUUGACUGGGCGUUUUUGACGCGCUCGAUAAACGGUGAUGCUUCGGCGACGCGCCGAAACCGUAGGGAAGACACAGGUGAGGUGCGGCUGAGGAGCGUUAUUUCCAGAGAGGCUUUGGAUACCGGGAGCUGUCGUAUCUUUCACUCCUUUUCUCCAAAGAGAGGACGACUUAGUUACUGGCACCUGCUUCAACCUCCCAUACCUGGACAUCUGGUGCGUGCAUGUGUGCUACUGCCAUGGCAACCAUGGCUCCUCCCCUCUCAUUUCUUCUCCUUCUGCUUCAACUGGCUGAUGGCUCAUUCCCAGAGGAACCCAGUCCACUCAGCUACGUCCCCGUAGAGGUGGUGAGGAGGUAUCCUGUGUUCCUGGGCAGAGCUCAUCGUUCGGCUCAGAGACAGGAACUGCACAUCCAGACUGUCCUCCAAGUCAACCGCACACUCUACAUAGGAGCCAGAGAUGACUUAUACAGAGUAGAGAUGGAUAACAUGGCAGGUGACGAGAUGUUCUACAGCAAGAAACGGACAUGGGAGUCCAAUAAGAAUGAUAUCCGAGUGUGUCGGAUGAAGGGCAAACAUGAGGGAGAAUGUCGUAAUUUCAUCAAGGUUCUGCUCAGCCAGCAUGGCGGCUUGUUUGUAUGUGGAACAAAUGCCUUCAACCCACUGUGUGCCAACUACACUAAAGACACUCUAGAUAUGGUGGGAGAGCCUGUCAGUGGAAUGGCCCGAUGUCCAUAUGAUCCACGACAUGCUAAUGUGGCGUUAUUUGCUGAUGGAAGUCUUUUUACCGGCACGGUGACAGACUUCCUGGCCAUCGAUGCAGUGAUCUAUCGUAGCUUCGGUGACAGCCCCACCCUCCGAACAGUCAAGCACGACUCCAAAUGGUUCAGAGAGCCCUACUUUGUGAGUGCCAUGGAGUGGGGGCCUCACAUUUAUUUCUUCUUCAGAGAGAUGGCCAUGGAGUUUCAUCAUCUGGAGAAGGUGAUGGUGUCCCGUGUGGCUCGUGUGUGUAAAUCCGACCUGGGUGGCUCUCAGCGUGUCCUCGAGAAACAGUGGACCACUUUUCUCAAGGCACGACUCAACUGUUCUGUCCCAGGAGACUCGCACUUUUACUUUAAUCUUCUUCACGCCACUAGCAACAUCAUCCACAUGCAGGGUCGAGAUGUCAUCCUGGGUCUCUUUUCCACACCACCCAACAGCAUCCCAGGCUCUGCAGUGUGUGUGUUUGACAUGCAGCAGCUCGCUCAUGUCUUUGAGGGACGGUUUAAAGAGCAAAAAUCCCCUGAGUCUAUUUGGACACCAGUACCAGAUGAGGCAGUGCCUAAACCAAGGCCGGGGGGGUGUGCAGUGCAGGGAUCCAGAUUUAGCUCCUCUACCACAUUGCCGGAUGAGGUACUGAACUUUGUGAAGACCCAUCCGCUAAUGGACGAGACUGUUCCACUGCUGGGACAUAAACCCUGGGUGGUCAAAACUAUGGGAAGGUACCAGUUGACAGCCAUGGUGGUGGACACAGAAGCUGGCCCCUAUAAGAACCGUACAGUCUUGUUUCUGGGCUCCACUCGAGGGACUAUUCUCAAGUUCCUAAUGAUUCCUAGUGGAGAUUCAGUCUCUCACAGCAGUGUGUUUCUGGAGGAGGUGGAAGGAUUCAACCCAGAGAAGUGUGGUGAGGACUCUCCUCAGGCCCGUCAGCUCUUGUCUCUGUCUUUGGACCGAACCAGCCACACUCUGCUGCUGGCCUUCCCCUCCUGUCUGGUCAGAGUGCCUACAUCACGCUGCCAUCUCCAUUCACGCUGCAUGAAGAGCUGUCUGGCCUCCAGAGAUCCAUACUGCGGUUGGACCAGAGGCAGCACCUGCUCCUUCCUCAGACCAGGCACUCGGCUGCCUUUUCAACAAGAUGUUGAGUAUGGAAACACCACCUCCCACCUAGGAGACUGUGACGGAAUUCUGCAGCAGAGUUUGUUAAUUGAACCAGAGAGUUUGGUCUCCCUCAACCUCCUUGUGGCGUCUGCAGUCUCGGCGUUCACCAUUGGGGCAGCGCUCUCUGGCCUUGCCGUGUGCUGGAUUAUGGCCCAUAAGCCUGCCAACCGUCGCCAUGGCAGCUCCUCCCAGUCCUCUAUCCAGCGGCGUGAAAGAGGUCUGUUGAGUAAUGCUGGUGGGAUGGCUGGUUCUGUGCUGAGUGUGACACGGCAAGGAGGUGGGGAGCGCCCUUGUUCACAGGGUGGGGAGACCCUGUUUGUCAUGCCCAAUGGCUGGGUGAAGUCAGGAGAGCUUGACCCUGGUUUCCUGCCCACCCCAGAGCACACGCCCCAGCAGAAACGCAGAGGCCUACGACUGUCUGACUCCAACUCUGGAGGUUGGGACACAAGCCAGACCUACCUGGGGGGAGGUUCAGUGAGUCUGGGUUCGCCCUGCCGCAUGCCCCCUUCUGUGUACCUGACCACCAGACUCUUCCAGCAGGGGGUAAGUGGGAGACACAGCGGUGAAGGCCGUGGGAAUGACACGCCACGCCAGCAUUAUGUCUGCUUGAGCAAACAAGAGAAAGGGAAGGGGACACCUAAAGCACCCCUGAGGAAAUCUGCAGGGGAAUAUGUUUACCCCAUGACCCCCCAGGACUCACCUGAGCGUAGGAGGGUGGUAUCGGCACCCAGUGCCCCCAUGGAGUACAGCGAGCCUCUGCCUUUGCGCUGGCCAGCCCAGGAAGGAUACAUUCUCAGCAGCCAUGGCAUGGUCCCUGUCCCACUGCCUCCACCUGCCAUGCCUCCACCCAGCGGCCAGGCUUACAUUUCCCAGCAGCACACCCCCGGGCUGAGCAGAGCUUUGUUGAGAGGGGCCCUGGAGCGAGGGGAGCUGGGUGAGCUGGUGGAUCUCAGCCAUCUGAUGAGCAAGAAAAACUGCAGUGAUAGAACUCAGACUGGUCAGUGACUGAAGGGAACGAAGGGGACAGAAUUCUAUCCAUAUCUAAAGCUCUUGCUUUCAUUUCCAUAAAUCUCUCCUUUCUCCUCAUUCUAUCAAUCCCUCUCUCGCCUCCAUCCUCUACUUCUCACAUCUAUAUUUCAUUAUCAUUGACCCUCCCCCCAACACCCCAACACCCCACUCUCCCUCCUACUCCCACCUCUGAUGCACAGUCAGUGUCUCAGGCAAACCUCUUCACCCUAGAAUGAGUCCAUCUUUAUGACUGGCUGCUGGCUCUGCCACUCAUAUCCUGGCUCACUAAUUGGUCAGAUGGACUGAGAUUGUUGCUGUGUCUGCAUUGCAGAGUUGCCUUUCUGUCCUGCUCCCAGCAGCAGCAGGAAGAGGGAGGAAAAGGGAUGGAGGGGGAAGAUAGACAGAAAACAAGCUGAAUUGGGAGCAGAGAGGAUGAGAACAGAGACUUAAAGACUGCCUUCCCUGUGCAAAUUUACUGAGGCUGCAUAGCCAGAAGCGGGAUGCUUUGUCACUCUUGGAUAAGAUUAACAGGACUGCCAGCCAUCUGUUUGUAUCUAUAUUACCUGUUUGUUUGAUUGCCAACUAGGUACUUGAAUUGAAAUUGCAGAUUCUAAACAUUAUAAAAUCAUCCAAAGCUCAAUGUGAGUCAACAGAUAAUAGCUGAAGUUUUUUCAGACUCCUCGCUGCACACAUACACCCCAUGCAUACAUGUAUUUGUACAGUUGGGUGUUAAAUAUUCUAUAGAAAGCAUGACUUGUGUGCCAAAUGCCUCUAACUUGUCUCAUGAGGAUAUGGGACCAUAACUCACAUCUGUGGAGAGCAGAGUGCAAGACUGAAAUGUCAGCACUGUUCCUGCCAGCUGCACGCUCUCUGUAAUGACGGCAUCUCAGCUGUCCGUCGCUCCAUCCGCUCCCUCCUUCCACUCCCUGUUCUCUUUACUGACCAAUAAUUCCUCAAGGACAUCAGGUGGGAUUGCACCACAACAACAACUGACAUGGAAAUAUCAGCUGAAAAGAAAGAAAGGCAGAAGAAAAGGAAAAAAGGAGAGGUGCAACAUCCUGUGUGAGCAGCUCAUCGGUCACUGUCACAGUAGAUUUAUUCUCUAUAUACAGACACACACACAUCAGGCCUGCUUGAAUGCAGUAGGGUUUUGUUUGACAAAAUUUCUCCAUAAGCUCACACUAGGUCAAGGUCCCACAGACAUGAUACAGUGCAAAGUGACAGUUACAGUGGCCAUGAUUGAAACCUCUGGCUUAACUUGCAGCCAAUAGGAGUAAUGGAAAUGUUCCCAGCAGCCAACUGCAACUAUAUAUUCACCCCAUCAAAAUGUCCCAUGCCAUGAAGUGGUCAGCAUUUAAAGGCAACACAGCAUGGUUUUAGUGUGUCAUAGAGGAGACCAAAGUCAUAAAAUUAGAUGAGGAAAAAAUACAACAAAGACUUGAUGAUACUGGAAAUAAUGAGAAUUUGUCACAACAUAACUAGACAGUUUGUUUUUCACUCUCAGUCUUUUAAAUGACAGAUGAAUGCUGGUUUGAACUGACCCUGUAGUGAGCAAUAUAUGGUUUAUAUGUACAUAGUAAACUUUAAUUUAGAUAAUAUGAUAAUGUGAAACAGUAGCUCCAAAAUAUAGGCAGGCAUUAGCUUGCAUUCACAAAGUAAACAUUUAUUGUGUCAUUAAUGUAUAAAAAAAAUCUGUUUUCAUAUAGGUUUUAUACCAACAGGCUCCAAGAAGAAUAUCACCAAGUCACAAAAUGUGUCUUUUUUUAUCUUAGUGCCAAAACCAACGGAUGAAUGACUUAUUGAUGCCUGAUUACUGAAAAAAAAAAAAAACAAGAAAAUGUUUUAAAGUGCCAUGAUGAAGUCCAUUUCAGUGAGCAGUGCACCGUUCUCAUAUACUGUGGUGUUAAAGAACUAAUUGCAGUAAACUUGUGAUAUGUAUGCCUUUGACCUUACAUGCUGAAUGUCUAACUUUUUCAUUAAGAUUUGGGCUUGUACUGUUGAAAUAAUUUGUUCAGCUCCCCUCAUCUGUCUGGAUGCUUCAGAUAAUGAGGUUCUGUCUUUAAACUACUUUGGCACCAUAUACUGUAAAUAUGUAAGAAUGAAUAUAGAAACUUUGUCAUGCCCUCUAUGGUCACAGUGUUAAUGUAUUCUCUUAUGCCAUGAUACUGUGUUUACUCCAGAAUAGCUUACAUGUCUGAAUAAUGAUUCCUAAGUAGUUCAUAAGCAAACCUUCAAAUGGACUGAAAUACAUUGAGGGAACACUGUGUAACUCAUUUUGUGUCCCUGAUUAUGGAGGCUCUGUCUUGGUCUACAUGUACAGAUUGUCUGUCCUUCAUUGCCAACCAACUGCCACACGGAGGGAUCUUGAAAAUACUUGUCAGCAUCCUGAGUGAAUGAAUGUACUCAUAUUUUUUGUUAGGUUGUUUGUUUGUUUGUUUGUUUGAGCUCAUCAACCUGUGCAGUAAUAAUGAAAAGCACAAGAAUGUGUCUUUGUUUUGUUUAGUUCUUUUGAAGGAGCUGUUCUGUAUCAUUUGUGAAUAGUGUAAAUAAUCAUCUUGAAUGUAUUGUGUAUUGGUUUGGUUUCAGGGGGGAUCGCCCAUGCUCUUCUAAGACAAGAAUGUGUUUGAAGUGUGAGGCUACUUUUCGGUGACGAUGCUGUGAAUAAACCGUAUGUACAGUACUCACGUGACUAUGGCUAAACGCAGAGUUUAGCUGUUUGCUUCCUGUUGUUAGAGUAGAGCUGCAGGCCUGACCACAGUCAGAGCUGAGCCUCCUCAUUUGACUGACACCUGUCAUGUUUUUGCAGUUGCUAAGCUACUGCUGAUGUAAUAAUCAGUACUGCUAUUAAAUGGCAUUGUAUAAUUGA